UUUUUCCUUCCGCUUCGCGUCUGUGACUUUUUGGGCCGCCCUUUCUUGCUUGCAGAACAAGCGGCGAUACACACACACGCGCGCGAUUUUAUAUUUUUCUCCUCUCCCCUUUUCCUUCUCUUUCUGCCCAAAUAUUAAAGAAUCUAGAGCCUAUAAUCUAUAAAUUCGAUCAAUAAUGGCAUUCUCUUUUGGCGGCACGAGCCAACCCUCCACUGGAUUCGGAUCCACUGCUGGCACAGGUUCAGCAUUUGGUGCAACAGCCAAUUCGUCUGCAGGCACUUUAUUUGGGGCGGGCACGAGCAACACAUCAGCGGCAGGAACUUUGUUUGGUGCCGGUAACAGCAACACUGGUAACACAUCGGCAGGCACAUUAUUUGGUGCUGGCGGCAACAAUAACGCAACAACUUCAGCUGGAACUUUAUUCGGAGCAAAUCCUGGCAAUACUGUUACUGGUGGAUUCGGUGCUGCAUCUACAUCGACGACAGCGGCUCCAGGACUGAGCUCUUUCAGCAGCUUUGGAAAUACUAACACUCCCACUUCGACGGCUGGUACGGGGUUCGGUCAACAGCAACAGCAACAGGCCGGAACGUCUUCAUUCGGCUUUGGAGGUCAACAACAACAACAACAACCACAACAGCAACAAACGUCAGGCUUUGGUUUUGGCGCGAAUAACAACAAUGCAAAUACCACAAACACUGGAUUUGGCGGAUUCGGUGCGAAUAGUGCAGGAGCACGUCCAACGUCUGGUUUCGGAACUGGUUUAACCAACACAGCAUCCACUGGGUUCGGUGGUAUUGGCCAACAGCAGCAACAAAACAAAUCACAAUUCGGCGGUUUUGGUAGCACAGGCUUUGGUCAACCACAACAACAACAACUUCAGCAACAACAACUACAACAACAACAGCAACAACAACCCCCUCACAAUACAUGGCAACAAUUAGCUUUAAUACGUGCACAUUGGGACCCUUCGUCGCAUCUAUGUCAAUUCAGACACUACUUUUAUAAUGUCGUACCACCAAACGAGCGACACUUGUACGUUCGCCCGCCAGACCAGGAUGAGCAGUUAUGGAAUGAAGCAGUGCGUAAAAACCCAGAUCCGAACACUUUGGUUCCUGUGUUAGCAGUCGGUUAUGGCGAUGUAUUGAAGCGUAUGGAUAUCCAAGAUCAAGCAUCAGAAAUGCACAGAAAUAAGCUUGCCGAAAUCGGUCAGCGAUUAUCAACAAUCCAACAAAAACAUGCACUUGGCACCCUCGUCAAGAUCGACGAACUGCGGCGCCGCAACAUAGACCUGACUCAGCGAUUAAUAAAACUAUUACGUUUUGUUCAAGUACUUCGUUACAAGGGCUUCCCACUGGAGGAUGAAGAAGAGAAACUUAUGCAAAACCUGAAACUGUUGGCUGAACAGCCUGCUAACCCGGAGCAGCUGAAUGCCAAAUUGCGAGACACUUGGGCUUCCUUACAACAUAUCAAGCGAAAGAGGAUGGCAGCACCCGAGGACUCGUGGCAAGCAACAAGCAGUGAGGAUGUGGCAACAAUUGCUCAGCUUUUGGCACAAGAGCAAGAAGGCAUGCGUCAUGUUUCAAACACACUAUCAAAGGAUGUAGAAGAAGCUCAAAAUAUCGAGGAGAGUCUCCGAAAUCAUAUCAAGCGGGCAGAAAGGGAACGGAACUCUAUGUUGACGGGAUCAUGAGAGAGUGAUUUAAAGCAUAAUACCACAAAGAAACAGGAGAUCAAAAAUAAUAAUAAUAUAAAGACAACGAAAACGUACCCAUUACGGUGAUAUGAUGUCUAGACUCCCAUGACCAAAGAAUUUUAGUUAAUCAUGUCAUCGUCAGGAGAUAUGUGUGUUGCCGAUAUUGAUGAUAUCGACAAUGAGCAGCGAUUUCCUUGAGAUGUCUGCAGUAUUGGUCAAAUAUUUCAGACUUGUCUUCAGUCAAACUAGC